UACUAUAUAUGGGCAAAGACAAGCAUACCGAGUGUGCUGUUCGCUUCCGUGUUUGUGCGGAUUAGCUGUCUCCAACCCGGUGUAGAGACGUACAGAGGUACGGUGUUUCAUUCAAUCGGAGGAAUAAAUAGAGAAUCUGCAAACAUGUCCUACGAAUUGAAGCAUGUCUUUGCCAGCCUCCCGCAGAUGGAAAGGGGAGUCGCGAAAGUCAUAGGUGGCGAUCCCAAAGGCAACAACUUUCUCUACACCAACGGGAAGAGCGUCAUCAUCAGAAAUAUUGAUAAUCCUGCCAUCGCCGACAUCUACACCGAGCAUCCUCAUCAAGUUACGGUGGCCAAGUAUGCGCCCAGUGGCUUCUACAUCGCUUCUGGAGAUGUGUCUGGGAAAAUCCGUAUCUGGGACACCACCCAGAAGGAGCACUUGCUGAAGUAUGAGUACCAGCCUUUUGGGGGAAAGAUCAAGGACAUAGCCUGGACAGAGGACAGCAAGAGGAUUGCGGUCGUUGGAGAGGGACGUGAGAAAUUUGGGGCUGUGUUCCUGUGGGACUCUGGCUCCUCUGUGGGAGAGAUCUCGGGCCAUGUCAAAGUCAUCAACAGCGUGGACAUCAAGCAGACCCGCCCCUAUCGCCUUAUCACUGGUAGCGAUGACAACUGCAGCACCUUCUCUGAGGGACCCCCUUUCAAAUUCAAGUUCACCAUUAACGACCACGCUCGGUUUGUCAACUGCGUCCGCUUCUCUCCAGAUGGCAACCGUUUUGUCACUGCUGCCGCUGACGGUCAGAUCUUCUUAUAUGAUGGGAAGACAGGAGAAAAGAUUGGCUCAGUCGGUGGAGAAAAGGCCCAUGAAGGUGGAAUCUAUGCUGUCAGUUGGAGCCCUGAUAGCUCCAAGCUUAUCUCGGCCUCAGGGGACAAGACAGUAAAGCUGUGGGACAUGGGGACCAGCAUGGCCCUGACCACCUUCAACAUGGGUGCAGAUGUCAUGGACCAGCAGCUGGGUUGUCUGUGGCAGAAGGACCACCUCCUCAGUAUUUCCCUGUCUGGCUAUAUCAACUACCUGGACAAGAACAACCCAGACCGCCCGCUCCGCACAAUUAAGGGUCACAGCAGAUCCAUUCAGUCGUUAACUGUUCACAAAAACAAGGGAAGGACAUACAUCUACUCUGGCAGCCAUGAUGGACAUGUCAAUUACUGGGAUUCUGAAUCCGGGGAAAACGACGACUUCUCUGGGAAGGGCCACAGCAACCAGGUGAGCAAGAUGGCGGUGGACAGCGCCGGCCAGCUGGUCUCGUGCAGCAUGGAUGACACUGUCCGCUUUACCAACCUGGAGAAAAAAGAGUACAGUGCUUCCGACUUGGUGAAGAUGGACGUCCAACCCAAAUGCGUGUCUGUUGCGCAAGGAGGAUUGACGCUUGCUGUCUGUAUCGGACAGGUGGUUUUGCUGAAAGACAUGAAGAAAGUGUUUACGAUGGACAAUCUAAGCUAUGAGCCCGAGGCAGGAGCCCUCCACCCAGGAGGUGCCACUGCUGCUGUGGGUGGAGCUGAUGGCAAAAUCCAUCUGUAUACCGUCCAAGGGAACACACUAAAGGAGGAAGGUCAGACCAUGGAAGCCAAGGGGGCGGUCACAGACAUGGCCUACUCCAAUGACGGAGCCUACUUGGCCGUCACUGAUGAGAAGAAGGUUGUCACUGUCUUUACUGUGACAGAUGGGUAUUCGGUCAAAAAUGACUUUUACGGUCACCAUGCGAAGAUUGUCACUCUGGCCUGGUCACCUGAUAAUGAGCACUUCGCCAGCGGCGGAAUGGACAUGAUGGUCUACAUUUGGACAGUCAAUGAUGCUGACAAGAGGCUGAAAAUCCCAGACUCUCACCGGCUGCACCACGUCAGCGGCUUGGCCUGGAUAGAUGAGCACACUCUAGUGACCACCUCCCACGAUGCCAGUGUCAAGCAGUGGACUGUUAAAUUUUGAUCUGUCCAAGACAUACAAUGAUUGAUCAUUAGGAACAAGGACUAAUGUAGACCUACAUCUCUCUCUUCUCUUACAUCUACAAUGUUUUCCGUAUCUAAAUUACAGUCAAACGCAUUAUUGUCAGACAACCCCUGAAAUUGUCAGUGUGUUUCAUGGCACGGAAAAGCUCAUAUCAAAGAUCCCUCAAGCGGUGUUUUUGAUAACAUUUUAAAUCAGUUGACUAGUGCACGAUGAUCAAAACGUUUAACAUGAAACAAAAAAAGCACUUGAUAUCUUGAGCUUUUCAGGGGGUAAGAAUACCUCUGGGCUCAACAUUCCAUAGGCAACAGCCUUAAUCUCAGUCAAAACUGAAAUGCCUGUCUGCACUGUUGGGGUCAAUUCUUCUUAAAUGGUAGUAAAUGUAUGGAAUUAACUAAAAUACAAAUUAUGAAUUGAAUUGUGUUGCUUGUUUCCAAAUAUUUGAGUUUAGAGUAUUUUGUACUGAAGUAAUCGACCUCAACUUUGCCCACCUGUAAAUUUGUUUGCAACAGAUGUGAACGUAACUGUUUUUGGAGAUGGGUCUCUUGCUUUUUUUUUCACCUCGUCUUUGCCUCCAUAACAUGUCUUUGUCACUAAGAAAACAACAAAGGUCUGAGAAAGAUGUGGUUGGGGGAGCAAUAAUAGGAACCUAGAGAAAUGAAAGGAAUAUCACAAUAUGUUGUGUACGCUCCUGUAUUGUUGCAGUGUUUUUGUGGUUAUUCUGGCUCACUAUGCUCCCAUGUCUAUUUUUAUUAUUAUUUUGAUGCCUCCACUUUUUCUGAAGGGUGGAAAUGAUUCAUAAUAUUAAUGAUAAUAAAAACACUUUUUAUGCA